CCAAAAUGGAACCAUUCACACUCUCUCUCUAACAUCGCUCUCUCUCUCUCUCUUCCAAUUCCACUAAAAAAUGCCAAAGCUUCAGAGUUUCAAGCUCCUCGCCUCCCACUGCGCCACCACCCAAAGCCCCACCGCAAGCCCCGUCAUCCGCCGCCGACGUCGCCGCCGCAAGACCCUCCGCAUGCUCCUCCACCAUGAUCCUCCCCAAACCACCGACAACGUCAGAGUCCGCCAAAAACUCAAGGAUUUGCUCCUCUCCUCGCCGUCACCACCGCCGCCGCCGAUCAAAAACCGGCUAGAGCACGAGGAACUGCUCCCCGCCGCCCCUGCCUCCGCCGGCCUUGGCUUACGGUUCCGAACCGGCUCGACUUUCCGUCGCGGUGGCGCCGCGGCGCUCGGACCGGUGUCGUCAGCGUUCCGGCAUAGACUAUUGAGAAGAGCGUGGAGACCCGUGCUUCUCUCCAUCCCCGAGUAGUUACUAUUAUUAUUUACUGUUAAAUUAUUAGUUCUUAAGUUUUUAUUUAUUAAUUAAUUUGUUAUUAUUAGG